AUGGCGUCGGCGAAAAAACGAGUGGAAAUGGCGAUGGCAUCGAAAGCGAAACUGCAGACGACAGCAAUGACGAAUACUCCGCAUGUACAGAUUAACACUCAUGUUGACGAUCCACAGAAGUCCCUGGAGGAGCUCUUUACGGAGGGCAUGCGGACACACGGCAAGCAUUUUGAACGCAAGAAGCCGAGUGUACCGGCGUCAUUUAAUCAGCGACCGGUGUCGUCACUGAAACCACAUAUUUCUUCCGCAGAAGGAUCAAGUGAUGAUGGGCUCGGCUCCAGUGGUCGACAAACUCUAAGUCCAAGUUCAGUCUCAUCCACACAGCUCAAUACAUCUUAUCAAGGACCUUAUCAUCCCAGGCAAAGUUCUGCACCUGCUCUAAUCAAUUAUGAAGACAACAUUGAACAUCACUCCAGGUACAGUCGUUUGACUUCUGGUGUAACGCAUGCGCCUUCCAAAUCCUUAAGUGUCAUGGCGGUAUCUAAUGUUGGUGAACAAUACCAAGUUGCAUCUCAUCGUGCUGCGAAAAGCUGUGACCUGGAUUGCGAGCCUAGCAAACAUUUCGAACAAAAUUACACACCGCAAGGACAACCUUACUUUGUUGAUAAUGCAGCAGAAGUUACUUACUGGAAUGAACCACGCGCUAAAAGUCAGUCGCUGGAUCCAAUGACUUUGGUAACCAAUGAAAGUUCGAUGAUUGAACGACAACAGCAGCAGCAGCAACAACAACAACAAUCUAUUUUACAAUCUACGACGCCUAUGUCGCAGCCUGAACCAGACGAUGGUUUAGGACCAUUGCCGGAUGGAUGGGCAAAACGUUACGAUCAGAAUGGUGAAGUUUACUUCGUAGAUCAUAACAGCCGUGAAACAACCUGGUACGAUCCCAGAAUACCACCGCAAUUGCAAGAAGAACACAUAUGGCAAAGGCAUGGAUGUACAAGACAGAAUACGGGCCAAGUUAGGAGGAAUGUUUAUGAAGUGCGACAGGAUGAUUCAUCAAUUCGAAGGCAACAGUUACAGAUGGAACGGCGCGGUAUGCAAGAACGUCAGCAACAGCUUUACAGACAGGGCUGGAUUGGACCACUGUGGCAGACCACUCAGCAGCAGCAAACUCCAGUGCCCUCCAUAGUGCAGCAGCAAUCUGAAAUUCCUGCGGUUUCUGGCUAUAACGAAUAUUACAUGUCUGCUCAAACAGUUGGCAAUGACUUUCUCGGAAGAAGUCCAUACUAUGCUCAUAAUAGGAAUGUAUCCAAUGACUCAGCUGUAGACAAUACGAUGGAAAUCGAUUAUGUAAGCGUAGGUACCGUAAGUAUGGUUCCGUUACAAAGUGCUCAUGAAAUCGACCCGAAUCUUGUGAGAGAGUUAAAUGCGCAAGAUUUGAAUCCACGCGAUUUCGAUCAGUAUCUUCAGUUAAACGAUAAUCGUUCAUCAGCAACUGUUGCUAAACCGUACAUGUGA